CGGCCAAACUAUCGACCCGGUCAUUCCAACGCUCGCCCAACAAACCAAAAGGACGACCGUCGACGCACCCCCAGUACGCGCGGCCGACUAUGUGCACGCCAGCGCCGGGUGGCCGCGGCCGCGGCCGCGUGCGCUUGAACGUCGGCGGACGGGUGUUCCAGACCACGGCCACCACGCUCGCCGCCGCGGGGCGGGACACCAUGCUCGGCGCCAUGCUGGACGCCUCCUGGAACGCCGCGGCCGCGGGCGACGAGGCCGACUACUUCAUCGACCGCGACCCGGCCUGCUUCGCGGUGCUGCUCGACCUGCUCCGCACGGGCGGCCUCCACGUGCCGCCCCACAUCCCCGACGCCGUGCUCUGCCGCGAGGCGCUCUACUACGGCCUCCUCGACCGCGUCCGCGCCGCGCGCUGGGACGACUUCGACGGCGACCGCCUCCGCCUGGCCGCGUCCGUGCCGGGCAGAGCCCCGGGGGACGGCACGGCCGUCCGCCCGGCGCCCGACGGAGGCUGCUGCGUCGCGCACGGCGGCGCCGUGCGCGUCUACAACUGGAUGCUCGAGGAGCGCCGGCCGGUCUACCUCGACCACGCGCCGGUCAACGACGCGGCCUACCUCGACGCCUCCACGCUCCUCGUCGCCGCGCGCGAGCGGCCCGGCAGGCGGGACGGCGGCGUGGCCGCCUUCUCGGCGCUCACCGGCGAGAUGCGCCACCGCUUCCGCGUCGCGCACGAUCGUCAGGUCAGGUCCUUCACCCCCGGGGCACUGGCCUUCGACCAGGAGUGCAGCAUCUUUGCGAGCUGCAAGGGCCGGCUCAACGAGUAUGGCAUUGGUGUAUGGGACGGCACCACCGGCGAGCAGACGGGUUUCUUCUACGAGCCGCCCGGCUGCGCCCUCGGGGACGCCGAUAAGCUCCAGUGGCUGGACGGCACCAAAACGCUCAUGGCGGCCACCAUGUUUCCGCGGGCGGAUUCUUCUUUCAUCAGCCUGCUGGAUUUCCGGGACAAGAACGUCGUCUGGUCGUGGUGCGACGUCGGCACGCCGGCGUCGCUCGAGGACAAGCACGCGGUCCACGCCAUCGCAAUGGAGGACGGGAGGUCGAUCUGCGUCAUCAACCAGUACGACGACCUCGGGUUCCUCGACCUCCGGAGCAGCGCCGGCGGCGUGCGGUGGAGAUCACGGAGCAAGCUGAUGAGCAGGAAGAAGGUGCACGCCGAGGAGACGUGCUAUCCCAAGCUCGCCACGCACGCCGGCCAGCUCUUCGCGUCGACGAACGACGCCAUCUCGGUAUUCACUGGCCCCGACCAUGCACUGACCUCAACGCUGCGCGGGAGCGACGGCGGCGCCAUCUGCGACUUCUCCAUUGGGGGCGACCGUCUUUUCGCCCUGCAUAACGAGAAGAAUGUGUUCGAUGUGUGGGAGACGCCGCCACCGCCGAUCAUCUGACUCUUGUGCGAGGAAUAGUCACAACUUUUCUUUUAGACUAGCCACAAUGGAUAAUAACAUGGACUAGUAACAUGCCCAUGUUACUAGUCUAUGUUACUACCUCUAUAGUGGGGAGUAACAUAUGUGUGGUAAUAUGAGCACUUUAUUUAUUAGGUUGUAGACACAUCUUGUCUUGAUAUGUGUGAUGUUACUCAUACUAAUAGUAACUAGCUAUGUUACCACUUUCAUCUCUUUCUUCAUUUAUUGCAUGCCACAUCAUCUAUUUAACGUAGAUAUGCGUGAUGUUACUAUCUAUGUUACUCCCACCGUGGGUAGUCUUAGUACUAGUAUAAGACAAGAGGGGAACAGGUAGUGAUAGAGGUUUUGACGGAGAAACAUGCUGUAGACCAGAGAAGAUUCAACUGUCACUAAACUUGUAUUUCCAAUUCCAAAAUGAGUAUAUAUGAGU